UCUGGUACUUGUAGUUGCAAUACUGCACUUGUACUCGUAGUGCAAGUAUCACUGUUACAAAUCUAAAGGUUCUCUAAAUGCUUUAUAUGCAGUGUUAAUAUAGUGACUAUACUAAAAACAUAUUUAAGUAAAUUAAUAUUCGACAAUAUCAUUACUCAUUAUGUUUAAAACACCUGAAAAGCUGUGUUUUGAGGCAAUACAAUGUAGAGGUGUUGAUCAACAUUCACACUCACUACAGCAAUCUUCUUCUCAACAACCUCAGUUUGUAUCUCUGACCAGAGUUAUUAAAGACUGUAGAACACUCCAGUGUUCAUUGUGUCUAGAAGAGUUUUCUGAUAAUUGUAAUUUACUAAAACACAUGAGAACUCACACCGGGGAGAAACCAUAUCAGUGUUCAGUGUGUCUGAAAAACUUUUCUAAAAAGUGUAAUUUAAAAAGGCACUUGAUACUGCAUACUGGAGAGAAACCAUAUCAGUGUUAUCAAUGUCCGAAAGACUUUUCACAAAGGUAUGAAUUAGUAUAUCACAUGCGAACUCAUACUGGAGAGAAACCAUAUCAGUGUUCAGUGUGUCUGAAAAACUAUACUCAAAAAUGUACUUUAAAAAGGCACUUGGUAACACAUACUGGAGAGAAACCAUAUCAGUGUUCACAGUGUCCGAAAGACUUUUCUGAAAAAGCAGUUUUAGUAAAACACAUGAGAACUCAUACUGGAGAGAAACCAUAUCAGUGUUCAGUGUGUCUAAAAGACUUUUCUCAGAAAAUAGCUUUAGUAAGUCACAUGAGAACACAUACAGGAGAGAAACCGUUUCAGUGUUCAGUGUGUCUGAAAGACUUUUCUCAAAAAUCUCAUUUAGUAAAUCACAUGAGAACUCAUACAGGAGAGAAACCAUAUAAGUGUUCAGAAUGUUUGAAUAACUUUUCUCGAAGAUCAACAUUAGUAAAUCACAUGAGAAUUCAUACUGGAAAGAAACCAUAUCAGUGUUCAGAAUGUUUGAAUAACUUCUCUCAAAAAUCAAAGUUAGUAAACCACAUGAGAACUCAUACUGGAGAGAAACCAUAUCAUUGUUUAGUGUGUCUAAAAGACUUUUCUCUUAAAUUCUUAUUAGUACGUCACAUGAGAACUCACAAUAGUAAGUUAUGAUUCAUAAAAUUAUAUCAUUAAAAUAAAUAAAUAUAA